UUUCUUUUUAAAUUUCUCCUCUCUCUCUCUCUCUCUCUCUCUCUCUCUCUCUCAAGAGUUUAUUUUCUUGUGAUUUGAUUUUAUUUCCCACACUGCGGGAGAAAGCAGCUCGCUGUUGUUAUGAAGGCUUCAUCUGUCCUCUCUUAACAUGGAAGCAUCCAGCGGAGCGAGUUUUGGGAUAGACACUAUUUUAUCCGGCGCCUCCAACUCUGGCGCCCUCAUGAACGGAGACUUCCGGCUCGCCGACGGCCGGACAGCGGAUUUCAGGAGCCAGGCCACCCCGUCGCCAUGCUCGGAGAUAGACACGGUGGGCACGGCCCCGUCGUCCCCCAUCUCGGUCACCAUGGAGCACGGCGGCGAGCCGCAUCUGGUCCCGGACAGCCUUCAGCAUCAGCACCACCUCCAUCAGCAGCAGCAGCACCACCACCACGGCCAGCAGCAGAGCUUACCGCUGUCUCCCCAGCAGCAGCAGCAGGUCGGAGGCGCCGGCUGCGCCCCCAGGACUGCCACCUCUUCGUUUUUAAUCAAAGACAUUCUGGGCGACAGCAAACCGCUGGCGGCCUGCGCACCUUACAGCACCAGCGUCUCGUCGCCGCAUCACACGCCCAAACCGGAAAGUGCCGCGGGACCGGACGUGUUCCGGCCCAAACUGGAGCAGGACGAGAACAGGAGCAAGUUGGAUAAAAGGGACGAUAUUCAGAGCGAAAUGAAAUGCAACGGCACUAAAGAAGAAGGCGACCGGGAGAUUUCCAGCAGCAGAGACAGUCCGCCGGUGCGCACGAAAAAACCCCGCAAAGCCCGCACAGCCUUCACGGACCACCAGCUCAACCAGCUGGAGAGGAGCUUCGAGCGACAGAAAUACCUCAGCGUGCAGGACCGCAUGGACCUGGCGGCGGCUCUCAACCUGACGGACACGCAAGUCAAGACCUGGUACCAAAACAGACGGACGAAGUGGAAGAGGCAGACGGCGGUCGGUCUGGAGCUGCUGGCUGAAGCAGGAAACUAUUCGGCCUUACAGAGAAUGUUCCCCUCGCCCUACUUCUACCACCCGAGCCUGCUGGGCACCGUGGACAGCACCACGGCGGCCGCCGCGGCCGCCGCCAUGUACAGCAGCAUGUACCGGACUCCUUCCGCGCCGCACCCCAGCCUGCAGAGACCUCUGGUCCCGCGGGUGCUCAUUCACGGUCUAGGGCCGGGGGGCCAACCGGCGCUAAACCCCCUGCCCGGCACGCCGCAUCCGCGAUAGAAACAUCAACAAAACGAAAACGAGAAAGAGAACCCGCCAAAACAGGACGCUGCUUGAACGCGUGAUGUGGGUAAGCGCAAAGGGAGCAUCACUGCAGGACUUUAACGCCCCCCGCCCCGCCCGCACCCCCACCCACAAAAAAACACAACAACAAAAACAAAACAACAAAAACAGAACAGAGACAGGUUUAUUAAAGACAUUCUGCAGGAAGAGUUUCAGUAUGGGGGGGGCCCCCACACAGCCGGAGCCCACUCCUCAAGACUCUGGGUCCGGCCCGGACUGCUCAUGUCUGAUUGUUUGUUUGUCUUUUGUACAAAUACACUCACAUUAGAAAAUAAACUUAUAAAGUUUACUAGAUGGAGAAUACGUGAAUGAAUAAAAGACGUAAUGAUACUAA